CAUAUUUUUAAUCAAGUUAAUAACGACAAAUGAAAUUUAACGUAAAUCGAACGGAUUAUUGAAAACACGUUUCGUUUGCUGCAACACGAUUGUAUGCAAAGAAUGCAGAGGUCAAAAUGAAAUAACAUUCAUUAUCAAUGAGCGAGAGUGCUAAGCGGGGGUUUAGUCCGGAAGCGUGAUUAUGAAGACCACAUCCUCCUAUUUGUUGUUACAUCUUUUUGCGUUUACAUUGAUGGUGAUCACUAGUUAUGGAAAAUUCUGUAAAAAAAUAAAUUCAUGCAAAUGUGAAAUGGAUGAUGGUUCUGGGAUAAUCAAUUUACGAUCGUUAGCUCAUCCCGGAAAUCUUCCAAAAUGGACAUUGAGUGGUGGCGAUGGGUGGAUGUACAAAUAUAAUCCCUGUUUGGGAUAUUCACUGGGAAUAAAUUCUGAUCUUGCCGUGGGACAAGCGAGCACAUCAGGAUCAGCGUAUGACCUGGGUAUUCAAUCAUCUGCCGGAUAUAAUGUUACAGAUGAUGGCAAAGUUAUGAUAACAUAUUCAGCGAAAGAUGGGAAAAGAUCAUCUCGAAUUAUAUUGGAAUGUGAUCGUGAAACAAGAUUCGAUAGACUAGAGUUUAUUGGAGAAAUAAAAAUAACAGAAUAUGAUAUGAUGCUUAGUAGUCCAUGUGCUUGUCCAGGAUAUUGUGAUAAUUAUGGACUUUAUGAAAAUGUCGCCAAGAAUAUGAGUGGAUACUGGGAAAAUACAUAUGGUGGGAAAAGAGUUAUUCCAGAUACUCCACAACAAGCUAAAUAUCCAUGGUCAGAUGUUGGUACAUCCAUGGUAGCUUUGCUAUUGCAUGACAUUUUGCUGAUUGUCCUAAUCGCAUCCUGUAUCAUUGUUUUCGGUCGUUUCAAACGUAUUUGUCGGGGAAAUAAUCAUAUGUGCCAGCAGAAUACACAGCAUCAUUGUAGAUAUGUAAAAGAACGAGAUGACAGCAUUGAAUCUGGAUCUUCAAAAACAAGUGAAUAUCAUAAAGAAGCAAGGUUUGAAAAGGCUGCAUCGAAAACAAGCUUUCAUCAGGAAAAUGAAGAUGAUUGUGAAAAUGCGUCACAACAGAAGCUUAUUGUAAAGGUGGAAUAAAAGGCCAAAUUCAGAUCAGCAAAAGUUAACUUAUAUUUUCUAUAUACAAGAUUAAGUCAUUCUUGUUCUUAAAAUAUGUCAUUUUCUUUCACUGUCAAUAAUUUGGUAUCCACUGAAUUUGCAUUCUUCAUACUCCUAUCUAGUACUUAGAAAUAAUUUUAUUUACCAUGACAUCAAUCUCAAUUAUUGUUUAUGUAUAUUUGUUUGUGCCUUUUUUAUAUUUAUCAGCACUGUUUGCUACAUUUAGAUUAGUAGAACAGAUAUUAAUGUGCAAUCAUAUAUUCCAGUGUGUAAUUUGUUUUACAAUUUUUAAAGGUUUGGCUAUAGGAAAACGCAACAAUCACCAAUUAAUGGCACAGGUAUAUUUCAAUAUAAUUUAGGAUUUUGAAAAAAUUUUAGCUGCAACUUGUGUAGUGUUACCAGAAGAAUUUUGGAAUGACUGGAUAGUAUGGUAAAAUAGUACUGUUCCAUUUCCAUUAAUAGUUAUUUUUAUGUUCGGAAUAUCUUUAUAUUAUGUGUCUGUAGCUGUUUUGCACAGUUGUGUAUUUGUAAUAUUUGCACUAACUACUGGUACCAUCUUAUUUUUAAAGAUAAGGUUCAUGUGAAAUAUUUUUAGCACUUUUCAGUAAUUAAAAAAGCAACAUUACUUACUAUGCAUAUCAGUAUGAAUAAUAUAAAUAAUCAUGAGAUUAAAUAAUUAAUGCUAAUAAUUCUUCCAUCUAUUUAAUUUUUUUGCUCAGGCAUGCAAUUGUAUCAUUUUUAAUUUAUAUUAAUAUUAUGUUUGUAAUUUUUAUUAUAUCAAAAUUGGGACCAA